GUCUCUCCGGGCGCGCGGACAGGCGGGAGCUGAUAUAAGCGCGCUGCCCUUCGUCCGGGGCUAUCAGGGGCUACGAAAACAGCGCUACCUGUGUCACUGACCUCCGGCGCUUCAAAGAGAGCGCGACGCGCCGAGUCCCGGCACGUGUGCAGCGGCCGGCGGUCAUGGCCUCGCUGGACGGCUGCCGCUGUCGCGGUGCCAGCGGCCGCAGCAACAGCAGCAUCCUCUACAGCAUAUUGAAGAGUAACAGCCUUGCGGCCGCCGACGACCUGCAGCAGCAGCAGCAGCAGCAGCAACACCCACAUCCACACCCCCAAGAACAACAACAAACACUGCAACAGCUGUUCCACAGGAGCCUGUCCUCCACGCCGUCCUCGGCGCAGGAGCCCCGCCAGCAGCCGUGCUCGUGCGGCUCCACGCGCCGCCGCGGCGUCCUGCGCUCCCCGCAGGUGACCUGCAAAGCCGCGUCCGCGGUGCUGGUGAAGACGCUGCGCUUUGCCAAGAACGUGCCGUGUUUCCGCGAGCUGCCGGAGGACGACCAGCUGGCGCUGAUCCGCAGCGGCUGGGCGCCGCUGCUUGUUCUGGGGCUCGCGCAGGACCGGGUGGACUUUGAGACCACGGAGACGGUGGAGCCCAGCAUGCUGCAGCGCAUCCUCACGGGUUUACCGGAGCGGCAGAGCGACGGGCCGGCCGGCCACAGCAGGGGGGCGGCGGGGGUGUCGGUGGUAGAAAUAGAAGCUAUCAAAGCUUUCCUGAAAAAGUGCUGGAGUGUAGAUAUAAGCACGAAGGAGUAUGCGUACUUGAAGGGAGCGGUGCUGUUCAACCCAGACCUGGAGGGGCUGCGCUGUCUCCACUACAUCCAGUCACUGCGUCGGGAGGCGCACCAGGCUCUGAACGAGCACGUCCGGCUCAUCCACCGGGAGGACACGACCCGCUUUGCCAAGCUGCUAAUAGCUCUGUCCAUGCUGAGGGCCAUCAGCCCGCUGGUGGUGGCCCAGCUCUUCUUCAGACCCGUCAUAGGCGCCGUCAACAUCGAGGAGGUUCUCAUGGAGAUGUUCUAUGGGAAAUAGGUUACAGCCCGUAGAAGACGUGAAUGCAGCAGGUUAAGCUGCCAGGAGGACUGAUCUGCUCCAGACUCUCGUGGGGUAGGCAUUAAAGGCAGGCUGAAUUUACAACUACUGUAUGUGUGAGGACUUAAAGGACUGUGGAAUGCCCAACAAAGGGAAGAGAGUGUGUGUGUGUGUGUGUGUGUGUUUGAGAGAAUGAAAGCGUGCAUGUUGAGGGCGAGAGAUGCUUUUACAGAGGAAAAAUGCAACGCAGCUGCUGGAAUUCAUAACUUAUUUGUUUUUAUAUAAACUAUUUUUGUAUAAUAAACUUAUUGUCUGA